UUACUCCUGGCACCACAACACAGAAAACACCGACAAGCCCCAUUUCGCAAGCGCCUUCCCUUCCUGGUCGUAGCAAGUGCUUUAAAAGACGCUUAAAAAGCAUGAUUCAGUGUUUCAAGAACGAUUCCAUGAGCUGGAAGAGGUACCUGAGAUCUGUAAGCUCUUCUAAUGAUACCAAUGAUAUUCUGAAGAAAGCAGUAAAUAACACGGAUGAAAUCUUUUCUGCCUUUGAAAACGAGCGUAAUUCAUCUCAAGGGUUCAAUGCUUUUGACGUGCUCGAAAUAUUGGAUGACAUUGGUCGAUACGUGGCAAAUAAAACGGGAAGCACAACAUUGACAGCAUACAGCGAUGAUAUAUUUAUAGAAAUAUCACCGAUACAUCUUCCGUAUCAUUUUCCCCUAUCAUGCUGUAAGUACUCUGUAUCUCGGACUGAUGGAUAAACUACMAACACGAGUCUUCCAAUCUAAUAAAAGCUACGUGAUCAACAGUCACGUGAUAUCAUCUCUUAUUGUCCCAAAUAUCUUUACACCUUUUGAGAAAAACAUCAUAAUAAUCUUGAAGCAUGUCAGAGCUCUUGAACGAGGUGACUACAGUAUAUGUGCGUACUGGGACUACUCUCUACGAACUAACCAAGGUUACGGGGCAUGGUCACGUGAAGGUUGUUACGUGAUGACAGGACGGUCCAACAAGACUCACACGACAUGUAGUUGUAAUCACCUGACCAACUUUGCCAUUCUUAUGGGAUCAGAAAAUAUACCGAUAACAAAAACGCACGAAUUUGCAUUGAGCGUCAUUACCUACAUAGGAUGUGCGUUAUCCUUAUUUGGGUCGGUGACUGCUAUUGCAAUACUUUGCUGGAUAUCUACAGAGUAUUACACACUUCUUGCCUUCAUCUUGCCAGUCACGUUAACGCUAUUGGUUAACAUAGUUAUUUUGUGUCUUGUGAUGAGAGAGAUAUGCAAACUACACGUCUCGGAGAGCUCACACAUCAAGAAAAUGAUUAACUCGACCUUCAAGACCGUAGCAGUUUUAUUUCCAUUGCUUGGCAUCACAUGGAUAUUUGGCUUGCUACUCUUUGUUACCCAACAAAUUAUGUUUCAAUAUUUAUUUGCCGUGUUCAACUCUUUACAGGGUUUUUUCAUUUUCGUUCUCCACUGCCUGUUCAAUUCAGAGAUUCGCAAAAACUUCAAGCGCAAGAAAGAAGUCUGGAAAUCACUAAGAGCAUUUGAAAACGUUCGCAGGAGAAUUACUAUAUCUAUAAUCCCAGUGCGUUCGCCCGUUACCAAGGCAACCACAGUUAGCAACGAAAGAGCAGAGACGUUUGAGAAAUCCUCAUGAGGACGAACGCGUAAAUUACCGCUGCUGUGGAUGUGGAGCUCACUACUAUCUUGAUGUGCUGUUGGUGCCAUAGGCGAGGGUUACUAGUUGCUAUCUGUGACUUGUCUUUCAAAAUUAGAUUUUUGGUUGACUUGAAGGGAUAAUUUCCAGAGCCCCUUUGCUUAACAAUCAAAAUUUAUAACGUUGCCGUGCAAUUUUACCACUACAUCUUGUAUUCUAAAGGCUUUAACUGCAACCAAUUGAGAUGAGAGGGUGCCUGCAACAUAGCUGCCAUGAAAGCCAUAUAUUCCACGACUACGGGCAAUACGGAAUAAAUUUCUCCAAAAUUCAAGGCUCAAGAGCGUCAAUAACAUUAACCCAAAUCGUGAAAGGCAUCAAUUCUAAGUAUAUUCCUUGCUCAAAAAGCAAUGCAUAUGCACCUAUUUUCUUUUAAGAAACGUUGGUGAGGAUUUUGUUGCAAGUUGCAUGUUGCAUCCCAAAUUUCACUAUGGGUCAUGUGCAGCGAAAGGUGACAACGACACGGGAUUUUCUCAACUUUGUUCAUGUUUUCCGGCAUAACUUCUUCUGUGUUUCAAACUUAGUAGCAACAUGCAACAAAAUCGUCAACAACCUUUUUUUUCGUGUAGCUAUAUUUCAAAAGAACUAGAAACUGUUAUGUAGUUGCUUAUUUGACAUCAUUUUCGAGUGGGAAGUUUGAAGUGAAAAAAAUAUUCAAAACAUUCUGGAUGAGUAUCGCGACUCUCCUUUAAGUUUGAUUGGCAGGUGAGCCGUCAAUAUAAGCCCUAUUGCCGGCUCAGAAUUACCUCAGGAAAGAAAAAUCGCAAUGCAAAACAUAUAGAGCAGGUGCAUGUUACGUCUUUGCAGCCAUCUUGGUUGACGAUUUUAGAUCAUCCAAGAUGGCGACUAUUUCAUUGUUAUUCAUAUCUCAAGGGAUUGUGAGUCACAUUGUUGCACACAGUCUAUUGCGAACUUGAGUAUCCAAUGGGUGUUUUUUAACGGCUUCGCGGCUAUGGGCCAAUACGGAGUAUAUUUUCUCACAACAAGCCACCAAUAUAAACCCGUUUUAGCGGUUCAAGAUUGCAACAAAUUAUAAAAAUCGCUUAACAGGAACUUAUUCAAGAAUCUACUCGUGUUUUCAAUCCUGAUUUUUUUGCGUAUCCAAUAAUCUCUCAGCUAUACAUUAUCUUAUGUAAAUUUACAACAACUACAAUGUACAGUUAAUAGAUGCAUGGUGGUUGCCAUUUAUCAAAGGGGAUGAAAGAGAAAAAAAUUGGCCACCAUGUUGGAUUAUUCCAAAAAGAGACUAAUACACCGUUCUCAUAAUGGCUGACAAGUCAUUAGUUUACAAUAGAAGAUAUAAAAGCACAUGAAAUGCGUUCAUAGAAGGAAAGUAAAGAAAAGUAUAGAAAUUGACUUUUUGUUUUGACCUGAAUUCGCGCUAUCUACCUUUAUUUUGUAUGAGCAGACUUGUUCAGCCUUGCAAGGUGACUAGGUGGCCUCGUUUUUGUGCGCUUGUCAGCCAUUAUGAGAAGGGUGUAUGACCAAUCUUUUGUUCUACUCAACCAAGAUGGCGGCUAUGAAAUCAAGCAAUAGAGAAGUAGGCACUUUAAUAGAUUUAUAUCCUAUUAGUAAAAAAACCAAAGUUGUAUGAGAUAUAAUAAUAAAUUGUACAUAUUCGGUGCUUGCA